ACAUACCAAAACAAAAGCUGCCCAAGGCUCAAGCUCCAUCCUACAACACUACAAACACUACAUCCCACAUCCUACAUACAACUUAUCCUACCAUACUCACAUACAAUCAAUCAAUCAACUGCUCUUGUCAUUCAUCCAGUCAACCCCACGUUUCUGCCUUUUACAUGCACGCGCAUUAUUUUAUUUAUUGUCUUGCAGAUUCAUAAUCAUAGAGACACAAGGCGCAUUCGUGCAGGAAGUCUUUGAAUAUCUCCGACUCGAACUAAAGUGUGUAAGCCUUCUUUACAAUUCAUACCAAUUUCUCAACCCACCCUUCUAUCCCCGAAAUUUUUGUAAACCCUCUGACGCGAUUUAUGCAGUAGGAUACCUGCAGCCCAGCCCAGAAAGUGAUACACUUUUCAAGAGACCCUAGUUUCAUACGGAGGCGCACACCCCAUCUAGUCGCGUCUUUUCGGCAACAUCCAGCUAGGUAGAGUAAGCACAUUGGAAAAAGAAGGCUGUCUGCUCGAGGAUCGACGCAGGUCAACACGCAGAUACGCAUAACUGCGAGAUCGCAAGGCUUUACGACGUGUCCUACACAUCAUACGGCCGACGUGGCAACCAAGGAAUUUUGAGGAAGCGGCUAUCCGACACCUGCACCUACCCAAAUACAUCAUGUCCAAUUCCCCUCCAAAGGAAACGGACGUUGAACAAGGAGUCUCGCCAGAUGACACGGAUGCACAAAUGAAUGAACAUACGGAUCCACACGCUCCUGGAGGCUAUGAGUUCGAGGUCAAAGAACAAGAUAGAUGGCUCCCUAUAGCAAAUGGUUAGUUAAUGAUUUUUUUUUCAGUCAUUCAUCUCCCUAGAAUUGAGCUUGUGUGAUUUCCUAUAUCAAAGUUAUUUGUGACUGGUAUCGCUUCGUCGAUCACACCAAUUACACGCGCAUGUCCUCGCCAUUGGACCAGUCAAGAGCUUGGGGCACAAACGCUUCAAUCUAGCGGUGCCACUGUGGUCAUACAUCCUAUCAUGUCCCACACUUCUUCCUCUCAAUCACCGGAGACGCGCGGCGCCUCGAAGGGAGAAAAAUAUGAUCUUGGUCAUUCAGAAGCUAAUAUUCGUAACUUUGCGCCAGUUGCACGUAUCAUGAAGACGGCUCUACCUGAAAACGCAAAGAUUGCAAAGGAGGCCAAAGAGUGCAUGCAAGAAUGUGUCAGCGAGUUCAUCUCAUUCAUCACAAGCGAAGGUAUGUCUAGGUCCGAAAUUCAAGACAAAUCGUGUACAGUCCUAAUUAUUCUAUCGUUUAGCCUCUGAGAAAUGUCAUCAAGAGAAGCGCAAGACUGUCAAUGGAGAAGAUAUUCUUUUCGCCAUGACGUCUUUGGGUUUCGAAAAUUAUGCUGAGGCACUCAAGAUCUAUUUAUCAAAAUAUCGAGAAGUGAGUAAUGUUACUCAUUCAAACAUCCUUUAGCAUCUAUCUAUGAUCUAUGCUUACUCGGCCCCCAAUGUACAAGACUAAUGCAAAGUUCUAGCAACAAUCAACUCGUGGAGACAACCAAAACAGACCUGGUAGCUCCGGCUUUGGACCGGCCGCUGGAGCUGCUUCGGCAAAUGCAACUUCAGCAACUUUUUCGAGUGGAGCUGAGGGCGCCAACAAUGUCCUCACUGGUCAACAGGUAGAAGCCGAACACGAUAACAGUGCUUACGUAUAUGGAGGCGGCCACAAUGGUGCUGCUGGUGGAGAAGGCUACUAGGUGUUUUAUUUAGGAUUCAAAUUGACUAUAGCAGAUGAGCGAGGGCUUCCACGGGGCGAAAGAAAUCCAUGGGGAAUUACAUUUCGAGAGUGUAUCAACUAUAUGUAAAGGUGUUGGGAAGGGAGGAACUGGGCGGGUGCUACAUGGGCCACUUUUGAGAUAUCCAGAUCGCUUAGCUUGUACAUGAAGGGAUAGGGUCAAAAGUAAUGGGGUGUUUUUUGAUGCUUUAUUAGAUUUGUUGGCUCUUGAGAGCAAGACCUAUAACCUCAGCGUUCGGUCUCAGAGUAGCUCAGAGAUGGUCGGAUGACAUUGAGCAGUAAGGACAGCAUGAGAUGUAGGUCAAACAGCCCCGCAUCAGAUUGCCAGAAUAAUAUCACAUAUCUUAUGGCUUGUAUAUCAGGUAAAAAAGGAAUAUAAUGAUACAUCAACACUUAUA